CCGUCCGGUCCUCGCUCCCCCUCAUCAAGGCCGCACCCGACAACCUCCCAUCCUCGUCCACCACGGCCCGAGGACCCGCGCUCAACUGUGUCCAGCCUGCACUGCACCUCCACGAACCAGUCGCACCACCAGCCGUCACCCUCGUCUCGCCAGCGCCGUCACCCACCACGUUCACCCCGCUCCCCGUCCCGGCGCCAUGGGCGCUCUCUGCUGCAAGCCAGAGGAGAUCGACUUUGAAGGUCCUGUCGACCUCUGGCACUUCUACCUUCUGCGGUCGGUCGGCAAGGGCGCGUUCGGCAAGGUCCGCGUCGUGCAGCACAAGAAGACCAAGGCCCUGUACGCCCUCAAGUACAUCAACAAGGCCCGGAUAUCCAAGCAGCGAGCCGUCAACAACAUCAUCCAGGAGCGGCGACUACUCGAAGAGAUCGACUCGCCGUUCGUGUGCAACCUGCGCUUUGCGUUCCAGGACGACGAGAACCUCUUCAUGGUGCUUGACCUCAUGCUCGGCGGCGACUUGCGGUUCCACCUCGACCGACUCGGCUGCAUGAAGGAGGAGGUCGUCCGCUUCUACGUCGCCGAGAUGGCGCUCGCACUCGGCGACCUGCACAAACUCGGCAUCGUCCAUCGCGACAUCAAGCCCGACAACAUCCUGCUCGACGAGAAGGGCCACGCGCACUUGACCGACUUCAACAUCGCCGUGCACUUUACCGACCGACGACCGCUCACGUCCGUCGCAGGCUCGAUGGCGUACAUGGCUCCCGAGGUCCUCGCCAAGCGCGGCUACUUCGCGACCGUCGACUGGUGGUCGCUCGGUGUCGUCGCGUACGAGCUCCUGUUCGGCAAGCGGCCCUACCGCGGCAAGACCAACUCGACCUUGACGCAGGCCAUCCUCAAGGACCAGGUCCGCUUCCCCGACAAUGCCGAGGAGAUUGUCAGCCACGAGGGACUCGACUGCUUGCGAGGGCUGCUGCAGCGGGAUCCCAAGAAGCGGCUCGGUUGCGCGGGUACGGGCGGGCUCGAGGCGCUCAAGCGGCACCCGUGGUUCCGAGAGUACGACUGGGAUGUCCUCGAGCGCAAGGAGGCGACGCCUCCCUUCGAGCCGGAUUCGAAGAAGGCCAACUUUGACGCGACGCACGAGCUCGAGGAGCUCCUCCUCGAGGACAACCCGCUCAAAGCGCGCAAGCGCAACCCGAACCUCGACCUGUCCGAGCUGUCGGCCGACUACCGCGUCAUGGAGCAGCACUUCCUCCCGUACGACUACCUGCGCCAGCCUCGCAAGUCGUGGUUCCCCAUGGCCGACCUCGCCGCCGGCAGCACGUCGGCCCUGAGCGUCACGGUCGCAGGUGGCGCAGCAGGAGCAGGAGCAGGAUCAGGAGGCGGCGGUGUCGCGAGCGGGCGAGGGACGCCGAGCGCGAGGAGCGUGCGCCUCGACGCGCCCGUGAGCCCGAGCGUUGAUGGGCGUGCGUCGCCGUUGCGGCGGACGGACACGCCCGACACGCACGGCUCGCCGGUGCGCGGUGGCGAGCGAGCAGGGCAGGCGUUCGAGAUGGGCGAGCGAGGCGACACCGGCCUCGCGCGGUGAAUCUCUCUUCCCCCUUCCCUUUCCCAUCUAGCCCCUCUCUACCCCC